AGCCGCAGGGGUCCUUGGUUGAGCUGCCGCCAAGUUCUCUGAAGGGGGAACCUCCGAGAAGAAAACGAGCAUUCGAAAGGAAGAGGAGUGUGAGGAGAAAGAAAACACAACUCAGUCUCUCUAAUGGCAACGUCGUUCCACGCUCAGGCAGUCAAGUCCCUUAACAAAUCCUCCGGUCGCAAGCGUUUUGUAUUCAAGAACUUUUCUCAGCGGCUAGAGGAAAUUGAAAUCGAUGUCUUUAGGAGCCUUGAUCCUCUCAAGACCGAGCCAUCUGAGGGAUCAUCCUUUUUCCGUGACUGCCUUGUACAAUGGAGGGAAUUAAAUACUGCAGAGGAUUUUAUUUCAUUCUAUGAGGAAAUGAUGCCCUUGGUACAAACACUACCCCAGGUGCUAUUGCACAAGGAAUUGAUAAUCUCAAAGGUUCUUGCUAGAUUAGAAAUGACAGCAAGAUUAUCACUUGAGCCUAUGCUCAGGUUGAUUGGAGCUUUAUCAAGAGAUCUCUUGGAGGACUUCUUCCCCUUUUUGCAGAGAGUUGUUGGUUCUUUGGUCUCUCUCCUCAAAAGUGGUGCCGACAGGGAACCAGAAAUUAUUGAACAGAUUUUUACAUCAUGGUCUUAUAUUAUGAUGUAUUUACAAAAGUAUCUGAUAAGAGACAUUGUUCAUGUUCUGAAGGUUACAGUGAAAUUAAGAUAUUACCCCAAGGACUAUGUUCAAGAAUUUAUGGCAGAGGCAGUAUCAUUCUUACUGAGGAAUGCACCAGUUGAACAGCUGAUAAAAGGUGUUAGAAAGAUCAUGUUGGAAGCUGUCAAAAAGCCAUUACUUAUGAGAAAAUCAGGUGUCUGUGCUUUGUUUUAUUAUGCUAUGAGAGGAACUUCAUCCAGGUUUCAUUCAAGAGCAGAGAAAGUAUUGCGGUUAUUGAUGGACAGUUCCAUUGUUGGAAUUGGUGAUGAGUUCACACAAGGUUCAGACAGUGUUGCUGAAGUCAUAAUUACUGUCUUUCAAAGAUUAUGUGAGGAGCUGGAGUCCAAGGAACUGAAUUUGUUAUGGGAUUGCUUCUAUGAGGAUAUAACUGAAUGUGUAACUAAUGGAUGCUCCAUGCAUCUGGCACGUCUGUUGUUUGUGCUUGUUUCUACUCUUCAAAUUGAUAAUGGUCUUAAGAUAUCUGAUUACCAACCAAUGCUUGAACUUGUGAGGUUGCUUGUGCGAACGUUUAUCAUACCUUCUAAUAUUGUGGUGGCAGAGGACCAUUUGUCUGAAAUUGUUGAUAAGGUUCUGCAGUUAAUGCUUUGCAUUCUUGAUGGACUUCAUAUUUCUAAUGAUAUGUCAACUAUCUCUAGCCUUUCGUCGCAAUGGGCACCUGCAUUUGAAUUAAGGAACCCAAGUUUGCUAAAUUUUAUUAAAUCACUGCUUUCCAAGGACCCUUACAUGGUAUAUACCUUCAGAAUUAAUAUUUUAAGUGCAAUGAAUUCUUUAAUAGAAACUUCGCCAGAAGAAGUUAUAUUUCUGAUGCUGAUGUUCAAUGAGAGAUUGCAAGUGGAUAUGCAAAGCUCUAGUUUCUUAGUUGGGGCAUCAGAAGAGGGAGUUUCAAGGAUCUGCAGUUUCUUGCAGGAGGCCCUAUUGUAUUGGACUGGGGUGAUAAAUGAUAUAGUGCAUAAGGAUCUAUCAUCUGUUCCAUCUUGUGAGGUGAAAUUACCUAUGCUGUGGGGAAUCAUUGGUUGCUGUUCUCAUAUGUUAGGUAUCCAAGCAGACCCUUCCUUGUUAAUGGGUUUGGUAGAUGCUCUUGAUCAACUUCUGAUGAUUGAAGCAGACAAUGUUGCAGGUUUUCCUAAAAGCACUUGGCAAAGCUUAAUGGGUGCGGCUUUAGGUUCUUUUCAUAAAUUAGGUUCUUUUAAAAAAUCUGGAGUUGAAGAAACAAACAAAUUUUUGCAUCUUGCCAAACGAUACAGAUCAUCUUCCCAAGUAUUAUUUUCUGUGGCUGAGUUGUUGGAUUCCAUGCAUGGGUCUACAAUCCAAGAAAACAAUGGUCAUAUGAAAUUUCAUCCAGAGCUCAAAGCAGAGAAGGCUGUGGAUGCAUUUGACAUGUUUUCUGAGAAUUUGAGCCACCCAGACAAGAGUAUUCGUGUUUCAACUCUGAGAAUAUUGUGUCACUAUGAACCUCUGAAUGGUGAAUCAAAUAUUCAGCCUGUUGAGAAGAAAAUGCAAACUGAAGUUUCUCCUACUUCUUAUGCGGAAAUACAGCGCAAUAAUGUUCUUCACAUCCUCUUUUCCAUUGAAGAUACUCCUCUUUCAAUUUCUACCAGCAGGAAAGUUAUUCUAUCCAUCUCUAAAAUACAGAUGGACCUCUCUGCUGCUAGGAUUUGUGAAGCUUAUAUACCAGUUCUUUUGAACGGGAUUAUUGGCAUUUUCCACAACCGAUUUAGUUAUUUAUGGGAUCCAGCAAUUGAGUGCCUCUCAGUGCUGAUUAGCAAACAUGUUGGACUUGUAUGGGACAGACUUGUUUCUUAUCUUGAGCAAUGCCAAUCUGUAUUUUUAACAACUCAUGAUCUAUCAGAAGGGAUUAACAUUGAAGUCUGCGGCAAGACAAGUGAACUUGUUGAACGUUUCAAUUUGUUUGUGAAUCCUGCAUCAGAUAGCACACCAUGUGCAACAGUAUUAUCCUUGUUGCUCCGGUGCUUACAAAAGAUUCCAGUUGUCGUAGAAUCUCGUUCCCGAAAAAUUAUACCUUCAUUUUUGAAAUUUUUGGGCUAUGCUAAUGAUGAUAUCAUGAGUGUGGGAUCGUUCCAUACACAUGCUUGUAAAGGCAAAGAAUGGAAGGGAGUCCUUAAAGAAUGGUUGAACUUAUUGAGAGUGAUGCGGAACCCCAAGUCUUUUUAUCGAAGUCAAUUUCUUAAAGAUGUUCUUCAAAAUAGGCUUCUCGAUGAAAAUGAUGCUGAAAUACAAAUGCAAGUUCUUGAUUGCCUGUUAUUUUGGAAAGAUAAUUUCUUACUACCAUAUGAUCAGCAUCUGAAAAACCUGAUCAGUUCAAAAAAUUUGAGAGAGGAACUCACAACAUGGAGUUUAUCCAGAGAAUCUAAUCUUGUUGAAGAGCAGCACAGAACUUGUCUUGUGCCUGUAGUUAUUCGAUUAUUGGUACCAAAAGUCAGAAAAUUGAAAACUCUCGCCUCCCGCAAGCACACGAGUGUACAUCACCGAAAAGCAGUUCUGGCUUUUAUAGCUCAACUUGAUGUCAAUGAGCUGGCUCUUUUUUUUGCGAUGCUACUAAAGCCAUUGCUGUCUAUUUCAAAGGGAAGUGAUACUACUGCUGACUGGUUUUGGAGUUCACAUGAAAAUUACAUGAAUGACUUUCAAGCAUUCAAUGUCCUAAAGUUUUUCACUGUGGAUAACAUAAAUUCCCUUUCUUGGAAGAAGAGAUACGGUUUUUUGCAUGUUAUUGAAGAUGUUCUUGAAGUUUUUGAUGAAUUCCAUGUUAUACCUUUUCUCGAUCUGUUAAUGGGUUGUGUUGUACGAGUGUUGGGGAGCUGCACAUCAAGUCUUGAAAGUGCAAAGAGCAGUGGAUAUUCUCUGGUGGAAAAUUAUUCUAAUGUCAACCUCAAUGUACCUGAGAAAGAUGGUGUAGUGGCAAAUCCGAUCAUGACUAGCACUGCUGUGAAGCAGUUGAAGGAUUUGAGGGCUUUGUCCUUGAAGAUCAUUUCUCUCGUCCUUAAUAAGUAUGAGGAUCAUGAUUUUGGUUAUGAGUUCUGGGACCUAUUCUUUACAUCAGUGAAGCCUUUGGUUGAUGGUUUCAAGCAGGAGGGUUCUAGUAGCGAGAAACCAAGUUCACUGUUCUCUUGCUUUGUUGCUAUGAGUAGAAGCCACAAUCUUGUAUCAUUAUUGUACAGGGAAAAGAAUCUUGUUGCUGAUAUAUUUUCAAUUUUAACUGUUACAACAGCAUCUGAAGCUAUUAUAUCUUGUGUUCUUAAGUUUAUUGAGAACCUGUUGAACCUUGAUAGCGAAUUGGAUGACGAAGACGUCACUAUCAAAAAGGUUCUACUUCCGAACAUUGAGACUCUUAUCUGCAGUUUGCAUUGUCUUUUCCAAAGUUGUAAUGCAACAAAAAGGAAAUUGGUCAAAUAUCCUGGAGAAACAGAGCUUAGAAUUUUCAAAUUGUUGUCAAAAUAUAUAAAGGAUCCAUUGCAAGCAAGGAAAUUCAUUGAUAACUUGCUCCCCUUUUUAGGAAAGAAAGCUCAGAAUUCUGAUGCAUGUGUGGAAGCUUUGCAAGUUAUUCGAGAUAUUAUACCAGUUUCAGGGAGUGAAACUUCUCCAAAAAUUUUGAAUGCUGUUUCUCCUCUUCUAAUUUCUGCUGGACUGGAUAUGCGUUUGGCUAUUUGUGAUCUUCUUGGUGUUCUUGCUGAAACCAACCCUUCGGUACUCUCUGUGGCAAAACUCAUAAGUGAAUUGAAUGCGACCUCUGUUAUGGAAAUGGGUGGCCUGGAUUAUGACACCAUAGUUCAUGCUUAUGAAAAGAUGAGCAUGGAGUUCUUUUAUACUAUCCCAGAGAAUCAGGCACUGGUCAUUUUGUCGCAUUGUGUAUAUGAUAUGUCAUCCAAUGAACUGAUCUUAAGGCACAGUGCAUAUAGGUUACUGGUUUCUUUUGUUGAAUUCUCCAUCCAAAUUCUUAGACUUGAAGUGAAGAGUGACCAUGAAAUGCCUGAAGCAAUGGUAACAUCCAUAGCUGAUGGUUGUUGGACUGAAGCAUGCAUUCAGCGCAUGAUAAACAAAUUCCUUUUGAAGCAUAUGGCAGAUGCAAUGGGCAAGGAAACUUCUGUUCAGAAGGAAUGGAUUGAUUUACUAAGAGAAAUGGUGUUGAAGCUUCCAGAGGUGCCAAACCUUCACUCCUUCAAGAUUUUGUGCAGUGAUGACCCAGAAGUAGAUUUUUUCAAUAAUAUUAUUCACUUACAGAAGCAUAGGAGAUCAAGGGCAUUAUCACGCUUCAGGAAUGCCAUCAAUGCAGAGGGUCUUCCAGAGGUCAUCACCAAUAAAGUUUUUGUCCCGCUUUUCUUAAAUAUGUUGUUUAAUGUACAAGACGGGAAGGGUGAACAUAUCAGAAGUGCAUGCUUGGAGACCCUUGCUUCUAUUUGUGGUCACUUGGAAUGGAAAUCGUAUUAUGCAUUAUUAAUGAGGUGCUUUCGGGAGAUGACUGUUAAACCGGACAAACAAAAGGUGUUAUUGCGUCUAAUUUGUUCUAUUCUGGACCAAUUUCAUUUUUUGGAAACUUGUUCAAGUCAAGAAGCUAAAGAUUCCAUGGAUCAUGUUUCAAGUACCUGCACCGCUGAAGCUAGUUCUUCAACUGUGUUUCACAGUUGCACCAGUUCUGUUACAAUCACUGAGAUACAGACAUGCCUUCAUGAUACUGUGUUCCCUAGGAUACAGAAAUUGCUGAAUUCUGAUUCAGAUAAGGUUAAUGUAAAUAUCAGCCUUGCUGCACUUAAAUUGCUAAAGUUGCUUCCAGGGGAUAUCAUGGAAUCACAGCUUUCAAGUAUUAUCCAUCGCAUUUCAAACUUCCUAAGGAAUCGCUUAGAAAGUGUUCGUGAUGAUGCUAGGUCUGCUUUGGCUGCAUGUUUGAAGGAGCUUGGGCUGGAAUACUUGCAGUUCAUUGUCAGUGUCUUGCGAGCUACCUUGAAGCGAGGAUAUGAGCUGCAUGUAUUGGGAUAUACUCUCCAUUUCAUUUUGUCAAAGUGUCUUCCUAUAAGUGGAAAGUUGGAUUACUGCUUGGAAGAUCUCCUUUCUAUAGUAAAGAAUGAUAUUCUUGGAGAUGUUGCUGAGGAAAAAGAGGUUGAAAAGAUAGCUUCAAAAAUGAAAGAGACAAGAAAGCGCAAAUCUUUUGAGACCUUGAAAUUGAUUGCUCAAAGCAUCAUGUUCAAAAGCCAUGCCUUGAAGCUGCUUUCACCUGUUAUAGCUCAUCUGCAGAACCAUCUGACACCAAAAGUGAAGUUGAACUUGGAAACUAUGUUAAAUCACAUAGCUGCUGGUAUUGAAUGCAAUCCAUCUGUAGACCAGACUGAUCUAUUCAUCUUUGUAUAUGGCCUUGUUGAAGAUGGGAUUUCUAAAGAAAAUUGUCGAGGUGAACAUUCAGCAGUCAUGGAGACAAAUGAAAAACGCAAGACUGAUGAGCCAAGGAAGAAAGUUUCUCUAGGGAAGGUUGUGGGCUCUGAGUCACACUAUGCACAUCUGAUUACGGUAUUUGCCCUUGGGCUGUUGCACAACCGUAUCAAGAACAUGAAACUGAACAAAAAGGAUGGACAACUUUUAUCAAUGUUGGACCCUUUUGUCAAACAACUGGGAAGCUGCCUUAGUUCUAAGUAUGAAGAUAUAUUAUCUGCUGCUCUUAGAUGCAUUGCUUUAUUGGUUAGGCUGCCUUUGCCAGCUCUUGAAACCCAAGCUGAUGGAAUAAAGUCUGCUCUACUGGAUAUUGCCCAAAGUUCAGUAAAUGCAAACAGUCCUCUGAUGCAGUCAUGUCUAAGUUUGUUAACAGCACUUCUGCGGAGCACUAAAAUUACCCUUUCCACUGAUCAAUUACAUCUGUUGAUCCAAUUUCCACUGUUUGUUGAUCUUGAAAGGAAUCCUUCUUUUAUUGCCCUCUCUCUCUUAAAGGCAAUUAUUAGCCGCAAGCUGGUUGUGCAUGAGAUAUAUGAUGUUGUCACUCGAGUUGCAGAAUUGAUGGUAACAAGUCAAGUGGAGCCAAUUCGUAAGAAAUGCAGUCAAAUUUUAUUGCAAUUCUUGCUUGAUUAUCAUCUUUCUGAAAAACGCUUGCAACAACAUCUGGAUUUCUUGCUUGCGAAUCUCAGAUAUGAGCAUUCAACCGGAAGAGAAGCUGUGCUUGAAAUGAUCCAUACGAUUAUAAUCAAGUUUCCAAAAAGCAUUGUGGAUGAGCAGUCCCAGACAUUAUUUGUCCAUUUAGUGGUUUGCUUGACUAAUGAUCAAGACAAUAAAGUCCGCUCCAUGAUUGGUGCAGCUAUAAAGCUUUUGAUUGGACGUAUAAGCCCACAUUCACUUCAUCCCAUUAUUGAGUACAGUCUCUCUUGGUAUUUGGGUGAAAAGCAGCAACUAUGGAGUGCUGCAGCACAGGUCUUGGGGUUCAUGAUUGAGGUCAUGAAGAAAGGAUUUCAAAGACAUAUUAAGAGUGUUUUACCGGUGAUGAGAAGCAUUUUGCGGUUGGCUGUUAAAUGUGGUACUGAUAACCAACUAGAUCUUUCUAAUGAUGUUGCAAUUCCUCUCUGGAAGGAGGCAUAUUAUUCUUUGGUCAUGUUGGAAAAGAUGCUACAACAGUUCCAUGAAUUGUGCUUGCAAAGGGAGCUUGAGGAUAUAUGGGAAGUGAUCUGUGAUUUUCUGUUGCACCCACACAUGUGGUUACGAAACAUCUCCAGCCGCCUUGUGGCCUUUUACUUUACUGCAGUAAAUGAGGCUAACAGAGAAAAAAAUGAAAAGUCAAUAGAAACAUUUUCUCUUGUGAGACCAAGUAGACUUUUCAUGAUAGCUGUUUCCCUCUGCUGCCAACUGAAGGCACAACUCGCUGAUGAUGCAGCCAGCAACCUGAUCACACAAAAUCUCGUCUUUGCAAUUUGUGGUGUGCAUUCUUUUGUGGGGCAAAAAGAACAUGUGGAUCCUCACCAGUUUUGGAGUGCCAUUGAACAGCACGAGCAAGAGCAUUUUCUUAAAGCUUUUCAGUUGCUUGAUUCAAGAAAAGGAAGAAGCAUUUUCGAAUCUUUUAUGUCUAGUCGUAUACACAAUCUCAAUGACCAAGGAAACAAUGAGGAUCUCCGACAUCUGCUUGUCUCUAGUUUGCUUAAAAGAAUAGGAAAGAUUGCCCAUCAAAUGGAGGCAAUUCAGAUGAAAAUUGUCUUCAAUAGCUUUAGAACAAUUUCAACAACAAUUGGUCAAGAGGAGUGUCAGCAUUAUGCAUUUCAAAUGCUGCUACCAUUGUACAAAGUUUGUGAAGGAUUUGCUGGGAAAGUCAUUUCAGAUGAGGUGAAGCAAUUAGCACAGGAAGUUAGUGAAAGUAUAAGAGAUACCUUAGGAAUCCAGAAUUUUGUACAAGUUUACAGCCAUAUCAGGAAGAAGCUGAAGGCAAAGAGAGAUAAGAGGAAACAAGAAGAAAAGCUUAUGGCUGUGGUCAACCCAAUGCGGAAUGCAAAGAGGAAGCUGAGGAUUGCAGCCAAGCAUCGAGCUCACAAGAAAAGGAAAAUAAUGACAAUGAAGAUGGGGAGAUGGGUUCGUUAAAACUCGGAAAAGAGCCUUUUGAUUGUGUCUAUAGGUUGCUUGUGCUCAGAUGAUGCUCUUUUCUGGCUCCUUCCCUGUCUUCUGAGUAGCAUAUAUGAUGACCCUUCACAAGUACUCUGCCUGCUGUACAGAUGCAAUUGGCUACAAAAAUCCACAAUGGAAGGCAUUCACUCAUUUUGCCAGUAGAGGGAGCCUACAAAAUGGUGUGAGCUGGCUGCAAUACCCCCAUCAAUCUAUACCCCCUUUUUUAAUUAAUUUCUGUAAAUAUUCAAAAAUAUGUACUCAAAUUCAAGUUUUGAGGAAUAUUCUGUGUAUCAAAAUUUUGGUAAGAGUUCACACAGAGGUUAGGGUUGAGGUGCCUCGCUUUGCUUAUUUUAAUUAUUUCAAGUCCAAGGCUUUAAUGCUUCUUGUUUUUGAGUCUUCAUUUUUCUUUUCCUUAUGUUUGUUUACUGUUUACAUACACAACAAUAUAUGCCAUUAAUUUAUUUUGUGAAA